UUCCUAACCCGUCCCACUGUGGGGCGGCCCACGGACUUUGGCCCCACUUUGAGAGUACUAAAUACAAUUAUUGGAGGUGUGAUGUUAUUAGUGAAGUGAAUUAUUGAGGGACUAAACUGUAAUUCUAGUGGAGCAUGCACUUGAGAGUUAGGCUUAGGCCCAUAUUCCCUGAUGGAUAGGAUAGGGUCAACCCAUGAGAGUGAAGUCAAUAGACAAUAAUGCAGUGACAUUGCCCAGUUGCGCGGCGCCAAUGAUAAUCGAUUCCGUGAUCGUUUUGGGUUGCCAUUUGUCAAUUGGCAAUGCAAAUGCUACGCAAAACAUCAUUUCAGAUUUUCCUUCAGUAAAUAAAGCGCGUGGAUUGCGGGUUCUGGCGGUGCUGUGCUCCUUUCGUCUCGAAAUCUACGGGACCGGUCAAUAUUUUACACAAAGGGCGGUGGAAUUACAAACUCUGCCCGGAGCCGCCGCAUACCAUAGCUUCUGAUCGCGCUCUUCGCUUCUGCAAUUUCUGCUACUCUCUCCCCAGGCUUCGCCAUAACCCACUAUCUCUCUCGUCUCUUCAUGUCAUUUUAUCUUCUACCGCUCUCCACUUGUGUUCAAGCUUCUUAGGAAUUGGAUUCAAUUUAGCCAAUUAGGGUUUCCUUCUCUGCUUCGUGUCUGGGUGCAAGCUCUGAUUCACCGACUUGUUGAGAUUCAAUCCUAGAAACUAGGAAUAUCAGAGUCAUGCAAACACAUGGCAUUUCUGGCGCUUGUGUUGGGUAUAAGUAGCUGCGUGUAUGCUCAUGUACGAUGAUGUUGAAGAAGAAGAAGAAUAGGUUUUCAGGAGGAAAUUCUAUUGCUUUUGCAAAUAAUUUCGAAUCAGAAGGUUCAGGUAGUUCUGGGAGAAUUGAUACAGAAAUUGCAGCUUCACAGUGUUCAAUGGCCCCUGGAAGGAAGUGGAUAAAUUUGAACUCUGCUGCAAGUGAUGGCUUUGCUGUGCCCAUCCAACUUAUACCUUUAUUUAAACUCUCUCCAUCUGACAGGAAGAACUUAGUAUUGCGGUUGAGAUAUGAACUUGAGCAGAUUCAAAUGCUCCAGAAGAAAAUUGAGAUGCACAGGACAAGUGCAGUCACUGUGUCAUCAUCUAGUGACAUCCUUAGCUGUAGUAAUGCAACAAAAGGCCCCCCUGUUGUUGGGAACAUCAAAAGAUCUGCAAAGUCAGGAAAAAAAUCAAACUCUAACUCUCUUGUUCAGAAAUCUCAGGGCAGGAUUUCAGGUACCUCAGUACAACUUGAGCCUGUGAAACAGUCUUCUGAACAACCAAAUCUGAAUGCAUCAUUGCUCAAGCAAUGCGAGAACUUAUUGAAAAAGUUAAUGACACAUCAGCAUGGUUGGGUGUUUAAUGAACCUGUUGAUGUAGUGAAAUUAAAAAUCCCUGAUUAUUUCAAAGUUAUCAAACAACCUAUGGAUUUGGGAACGAUAAAGAAGAAGCUUUCUUCUGGUCAGUACUCCAGUCCGUUGGAUUUCCUUGCUGAUGUGAGAUUGACUUUCUCCAAUGCCAUGACCUAUAAUCCACCUGGGAAUGAUGUGCAUUUCAUGGCUGAUACCAUGAACAAGUUUUUUGAAAUGAGAUGGAAAUUUAUUGAGAAAAGAAUCCCUGAAAAUAUUGCUGAAUCUCCAGUAAAAAAAAUUGUCUUGUGUGAAGAAACCAAAAUAAUUAAGCCUAUACCUUCUUCACGAAAAAGGAAAGUUUCUCCAGUUCAUCACACAGCAACACCAGAACCUCCCAAGCAGAGGAUGUCUGCUGAAGAUAAAGAUAAAUUAAGCAGAGAAUUGGAAGCCUCACUUGGAGAUUUAUCAGAUAACAUAAUUGAGUUUCUUAAGGAACAAACUUCAAAUGGAGUAGAAGCUGGAGAGGAUGAGAUUGAGAUUGAUAUUGAUGUUCUCAGUGAUGAUACAUUGUUCAAAUUGCGCAAGCUUUUAGAUGUCUUUCUGCAAGAGAAAAAGCCAGACAAUGCAAAAGCAGAGCCUUGUGAGAUAGAGCUGCAAAAUGAAUCAGGGUUCAGCAAUUCAUCCAUGCAACUUGAUCGAGGUAAUGACCUUGUCGGGGAGGAGGUUGAUAUUUGUGGAAAUGAGCUUCCUGUCUCAAGUUAUUCCCCAGUUGAGAUAAAAAAAGAAAUUGCCCAUCAAGUCAAUGAAUGUACUAAUCUAGGGGUUCCUACUGGCAAAUCAGAUUCUAGCUGCUCAUCUGAAGGUCAAAAAGCCUUUGUUCAUGUGAAACAGGAUCAAAGUUGUUCUCCAGCAAGCAUAGAUGGUAAGGAAGGUGGUAAUAAUGUGGCUGAUUGCAAUAAAUGUAUCAGUGAGUUGGAGCAGCUUGAGCAUUGUUCAGAGAAAAUGGAUUGUGUUGAGCUAGAUGGACAACAAGGGGAGAUAAGUGAGAAUGAGAGGCAGUCAUCUCCUGGAAAGCUGUAUAGAGCUGCUUUGCUGAAGAACAGAUUUGCAGACACAAUUUUAAAAGCUCGAGAGAAGGCACUUGGUCAAGUUGAGAAGGGGGAUCCAGAAAAACUGCGGCGUGAAAAGGAGGAAAUUGAGAUGCAGAGAAGGAAAGAAAAAGCUAGGUUAGAGGCUGAAGCCAAGGCUGCUGAAGAAGCUCAAAAACGAGCAGAAGAGAAGGCUGCAGCGGAGGCCAAGAAAAAGAGAGAAGUUGAGAGAGAAGCAGCAAGGCAGGCAUUACUGAAAAUGGAACAAACGGUUGAAAUCAACGAGAAUUCCCGGAUUCUUGAAGAUUUGGAGAUGUUAAGGGUGGUAGGCCCUCCGGAGCUGCCUCCUAGCUCUGCUGCCUCUGCGGACGAGACCAGCCCAGAACACUCACAAGAUGGAUUAGGCUUAGGCAGUUUCAAAUUUGGAAGUGGCAGUAAUCCUCUGGAACAACUUGGAUUGUUCAUGAAAGCAGACUAUGAAAUUGAGGAGGAAGAAUGUGAUGCGGAGGCACCACCACAAGUCUGUGGAGUAAAAGAUAUUGAGGAAGGAGAAAUUAACUAAGCUCCCAUCCCAUCCCAUCCUUAAAGUUAUGUGUAACACAAUAAUAAUAAUAAUAUCUAAAUGAAGCAUUUUUUUUACUUC